UCAAAAGGGAACAUAAUUUAGUUUUGCAUGGGAUAUGGCUGAAAAUAUGUCCAUGCGUACUGCGUAGUCUACAUCGCGGACUUGCUUUUUGCCUGUUGUCGAGUUUGCUGAUUACAGAAUUAUGGUGGGAUAUACAAAAUUCAAUAGGCCUAUCGAUGCUGCCUACAAAAACUUCAGCAAACGUAAGAGAGUAAUGAAACAGGUGAAAAAGAAAAAUAAAGGUGUCAAAAUCAUUCCAGUAGCUGAUCCAGAACUAAUAACUUCACAUAUUUUAAAGAAACGGGGGACAAAUCCGAGAGCUAAUAUCACUUUAUCAGGAAAAAAGAGAAAUAAGAUUUUGAAAAGAUUACGUAGAAAAGAAACGGAAGGAAUGAAAAUGCAAGUUGAACCAACAGUCACAAGAAAAGGUAGAAAAGUGAAAAAGAGUGCAAAAGCAGAAGAAACUCAGAAGAAUAAACAAACUGAAAGUUUUAUAAAUGAUGUGGAAAUGAAAGAAUAGUUUAAAUUCAAUCAUAAAAAGAUUUUUUAAAGUGACAAUACUGGAUACAAAACUAUUUGGAAAUAUUCUGCAUUAAAUAUUCUCUUGUUCGCUAUACACUAUAGCAAUACAGGUGUCUGUCUCACUGCUCUCUGGCAACCUGGAAUGAAUUAAAGUAAAAUUAUGUGUUAUGAAUCAC